CAAGACAGGACCGGAACCAGCAGUCGUUCUCGCGGCUCUGGGACGUGGCAUAUCUGGGGGGUCAGGCGGCUGCAAGGAAGAAGAAGGGUUUGAGGGAGCGCUUCGUACGGUUUAGUUAAUUUUAUAAUCGACUUCACGCUACAGAGUGACGGGAAAGAUGAAUUAUUUCGUACUGCUGUCGCUUUUCGCCACGGUUAUCGUCGGAAAGUCACCUCGGCUGAAAUUUGUUCUGCGCGAGCCCUCCAGGUUCCAUUUCAACAGACCAGAGAACUAUAUCAGCAUGUACCACCAGGAAGGGAGUGACACCCUUUACGUAGGCGGCAAGGCAAUGAUCUACAUGUUGACGUUCACAGACAGAGGGGUUCGCGACCUGCAGAUCCCAGCGGUAUCGGAUCAGACUGCAAUUGAUACCUGCAAGGCAGAGGCUGCGCCACUCGAGCUGGAGUGUGAUAAUUUCAUCACGGUCAUUCAGAAAGUAAAUGACACAUUCAUAGUAUGUGGGACAAAUGCUGGAAACCCCAGGUGCUGGAUGCUGGUUAAUGACACAGUGCUGACUGAUGUACAGGGUGCUGGGCAGAUAUCUUCAGCCUCUCACAUAUCACCGCAAUUCCCUUCCCAUAGGGCCAUCAGCUUGCCUGCAGAUGGGAGUCUGUAUUCUGCUAUGUCGUCGGUAGAAGGUCAUUCCGGCUCGAUACGGCGUACGUUUGGCUCCCAGAAACUCCUGAAGUCAGAGAACGUUUGGCUGUUAAAUCCACAGUUUGCUGGAGCAUCUAUAAUCCCCUCUUCAGAAAAAUACAAGGAGGAAAUCUACUUUUUCUUCAGUGAAUUCAACAAGACAGCCAGAGUGGACGAGGAGCCAUACAGGGCUCGCAUAGGCCGAAUAUGCAUGGUUGAUGAAGGGGGUGUCAAAACCCUGAUGGCAGACUCUUGGACCACCUUCUUGAAGGCACGGGUGAUGUGCGGUGCAGGAAACACUCAGCAACAGUACAACAACUUGAAGCAGGCAGUGGUGCUGACUGCUCAGGAUAAAAGGGCUGGGGUUCUGUAUGGCCUCUUUUCCAAUGCAUGGGGCAGAACAGUGAUCUGUGCCUACUCCAUUGAAGAUAUUGACCAGGCCUUCUCCACAUCUAAACUGAAGGGCUACAGUGGUCAACUCACUGGCACACGCCCUGGGACUUGUCUCCGCAAAACCCCCGGAGCAGCGGAGAAUCAAAACAAUGUGAAAACUCUUGGGGUGAUGAGAUACCACCCAGAAAUUGAGGAUGUGAUCCGGCCUGUUGGUGUGGCUCCACUUGACCUGCCCUCAGAUGACCAAAUCACACAUACAGUGGCGGACAUCGUACGGGCAGUCAACGAUGAACACUACAGCGUUCUUUACCUUGGAACAGAACAAGGCAAAAUUCUCAAAGUUCUUCAUACCAAUGAGGAUGUCUUCAUCAUAUCUCAAUACUCUCUGUUUCACAAUGAGGGUCCUGUUCUAAACAUGGCUAUUGAUUCCCAAAAGGGACACCUGUAUGUUGCUACAGCGAUGGAGGUCCAGCGACUGCCUCUGGCUGACUGCGGUCGCUAUGGUGACACAUGCAGAGAGUGCAUCCUUUCCCGGGAUCCAUACUGUGGCUGGGACAAGUCCAGGAGGAAGUGCAUUGCCAUCCCACCCGCGUACAAUUCCUCAACUGGGGGAAUCAUUCAGAAUUUGGACCAUUCAAACUCCUCAGUUUGCGGGGAAGCUGCUGCUCUGAAGCUGCGUCGAACUUCCCCUAGAGAAGUAUUCGUGCAGUCUAACACAUCAGUCUUUCUCCCUUGCCCUGUGCACUCCUUCCAUGCCACUUAUCGAUGGGAAAAGGACAACUGCAUUAAGAACUACCCCUGCAUUUUUUCUGGAGACUUCUGUGUCCUGGGGCCAGUUGUUGACACACCCCUAAAGGAAGGUGUCUUUCGCUGCAUGGCCACCGAAGACGGAUUCAAGGUGGAGGUUAUUUCCUUCAGGCUGGUAAACGAUGGGAGGCUUCUGGCUGCCUCCCUCGCCUUCACCUUGGGGCCAUCACUCCUGCUCGCCGUGGCUACCCUGUGGCUUCAUUAACUGCAGCUAAAACUAAUGCUAACUCCUCAUCCUUACUGGCUCCCAAUGACAGGAAAGAAAAGGAGCCAUUGCUCAGAGAUGAGGUUCGCAGAGCAUUCAAGUGCACAGUUGCGUUGUACAGCGGCAAUUUGCCUUUUUCUAUUUCGGUUUUUAGAGAGGGUCCAGAAAAUAUCAGUGAAUAAGGGGUUUAUUCUAUAUUUUUUAGAAUAAAACAAAAUAGCCGCAGCUUUAGCUGUCUUAAUCAGAUCAAAAAUAGAAGACGGAUACAAGGCCAUUUAAACUAAAGUGAUUAGGAGUUAGUGUCCAUGAACUCACAUGUUUUGCAAGUUCAAACAUAAUUCAACCAUAAAGUGCUUUGCGAACCUUUCCUCUCUGACAAAAAAAGAUAAACAUAUCUUAUAAGUUUGGCAAAAAACACCAAUACCAGGCCACUUCUUUCUACCAUUUAUCUACUUAUUUUGAAAUUGAUUGAUUGUGCUUAUUUGUGAAUGUGUAAACCUUUAAUACUGCUCUUGCAUCUAAUCAUUCAUCUUGUUAUACUUGUAAUGAGCUAUACAUUAAUAUAGCUCAUUAGUACUUAGAAAAAUGUCUGGUAUUGAGAUUUCAAAAGCCUUAACACUUCUGGGACAUAAACUCCUAAGCACAAUUUUGCAGUUGAGGCAGAAUACUGCAGACUCAGUUGGACUUGGCGCUAUAAUUAGUGCAGCUGAGUCUAACAGCAUUGCUGGGAGGAAGUGUCAGCUUUUUGACAGGAAGUAGGCGGGUGAGCACGAGCUCACCCUCGAACAUCACUGUGUCUCUGCACCUCCUCUUCUGACAAAGCAGUUUCUUGCAUCUUUUUAGAAGAUUUUAUCAGACAUUAUUACGCCUUGUUCACAGCUUUGUCCAUUUUUUGGUUUGUUUUCUUUUGAUGCCCUAAACAUCAGAAUGUGAGAAGUAUCACAACAUUGUUUAUAGCAUACAAAGGUUACUUUGUGAGAACUGCAAAGCAAACUGCAAUUUACAAGCUUUUAACUGAAAAAUCUUAAAUAUAAGAAUUCAGUAAAGAUAUUAAUCUCUGCAAAGCUGCAUAAAUAACUAAAAGCUGUGUGAAAGUUAUGUUAACAAUCAUCAUUGAGCUUGUUUUGGGUAUGCUGUCUGGAGGUCAUUAGUCUCCUGUGUCCAUUAGGUUUUUGGGAAGAGAGCUAUUUCUUCUAAAAUCAAGCUAAUGUGCUGCAAAUUAAAUACAACAUCUUCCAGCCUGGCAAUGUGUAAAGAUGUGAACAAGGUGUUACAGUAUUGCAACUUUAAGAAUAACAUACUUACA